GAUUUUGAUUUCGCGGCGUUUCGAGUUCAAUGCUAAACCAUCGAGCGGUUUCGAAUCUCUGAGAAUCGAAGGAAAACGAAGCGUGUAGGUUAGGGAUAUUAAGAUUACGUUGAAGAGAAGCAAGUUUUUUUUGAAAUCGACUUCUCUUAAAUCGCAACUUUGGAGAUUCAAGUUUCGUUGGUAGAGCAAUGGAGUCGCGAAUGGAUCAGUAUGAGCUUAUGGAACAGAUCGGGAGAGGAGCGUUUGGUGCUGCUAUUUUAGUUCAUCAUAAAGCUGAGAGAAAGAAGUAUGUUUUGAAGAAGAUCAGAUUAGCUCGGCAAACGGAACGUUGCCGGAGAUCUGCUCAUCAAGAGAUGUCUUUGAUUGCGAGAGUUCAACAUCCUUAUAUUGUGGAGUUUAAAGAAGCUUGGGUUGAGAAAGGUUGUUAUGUUUGUAUUGUCACUGGAUACUGUGAAGGAGGAGACAUGGCUGAGUUGAUGAAAAAGUCAAAUGGUGUUUAUUUUCCUGAGGAGAAACUUUGCAAAUGGUUUACUCAAUUAUUAUUAGCUGUUGAGUAUCUGCAUUCUAACUAUGUUCUACAUCGUGAUCUAAAGUGUUCCAAUAUUUUCCUUACAAAAGAUCAAGACGUCCGCCUUGGGGACUUUGGGCUUGCUAAAACAUUGAAGGCGGAUGACCUAACUUCCUCGGUUGUUGGAACUCCAAACUACAUGUGCCCGGAACUGCUUGCUGAUAUCCCUUAUGGUUUUAAGUCAGAUAUCUGGUCCCUAGGCUGUUGUAUAUAUGAGAUGGCUGCGUAUCGGCCUGCUUUCAAAGCUUUUGAUAUGGCAGGGCUUAUAAGCAAGGUUAAUCGCUCCUCAAUUGGUCCGUUGCCUCCGUGCUAUUCACCUUCUUUAAAAGCACUCAUCAAGGGGAUGUUAAGGAAGAACCCCGAGUAUCGGCCAAACGCCUCCGAGAUUUUGAAGCAUCCUUAUUUGCAGCCAUAUGUAGAGCAGUACCGUCCAGCCCUGUCUGCAGCCUCUAUAACUCCGGAAAAGCCUCUCAAUUCUCGCGAGGGUCGGAGGAGUAUGGCUGAAAGUCAGAACAGCAAUAGUUCAAGUGACAAAGAUAACUUCUACGUGAGUGACAAAAAUAUCCGAUAUGUGGUUCCAAGUAAUGGUAAUAAAGUCGCUGAGACCGAUUCAGGUUUUAUCGAUGAUGAAGACAUCCUCGACCAUGUGCAACAAUCAGCUGAAAAUGGUAAUCUCCAGAGUGUUUCAGCAACAAAACCAGAUGGCCAUGGGAUUUUAAAGCCCGUACACAGUGACCAUCGACCAGACGUUAUUCAACCAAGGCACCCAAAAACUAUCAGAAACAUCAUGAUGGUUUUGAAAGAAGAGAAAGCUCGAGAAAAUGGUUCACCCAUGAGAUCUAAUCGAAGUAGACCUUCUAGUGUUCCAACACAGAAGAAUAAUAUUGAAACUCCAUCAAAGAUUCCCAAACUCGGUGACAUUGCUCAUAGCUCCAAGACUAACGCAAAUACGCCUAUUCCAACAUCAAAGCUGGCCUCUGAUUCCGCAAGAACUCCAGGAUCAUUUCCACCGAAGCAUCACAUGCCAGUGAUUGACUCUUCUCCAAAACUUAAGCCUAGAAACGACAGAAUUUCACCUUCUCCUGCUGCUAAACAUGAGGCUGAAGAGGCAAUGUCAGUUAAGCGUAGGCAAAGAACACCUCCUACUUUGCCAAGAAGAACGUCUUUGAUAGCACACCAGUCGAGACAAUUAGGAGCAGAUAUCCCAAAUAUGGCAGCCAAGGAAACCGCGAAACUACAUCCAUCUGUGCCAUCAGAGUCUGAAACUAAUUCUCAUCAAUCUCGUGUCCAUGCUUCUCCUGUGAGUACGACGCUGGAGCCAAAGAGAACCUCUGUUGGAUCUUCCAAAGGAAUGCAGAGUGAAAGCAGUAACUCUAUCUCGUCGUCGUUGUCCAUGCAGGCAUUUGAGCUCUGUGAUGAUGCUUCCACCCCAUAUAUCGACAUGUCAGCACAUACAACUCCUGAUGACCACAGAAGAUCCUGUCACAGUGAAUACUCGUAUUCAUUUCCAGAUAUCUCCUCAGAGAUGAUGAUCCGCAGAGAAGAACACAGCACCAGUAUGCGGCUGACUGAAAUUCCCGACUCUGUUUCCGGUGUUCAAAACACCAUUGCCCAUCAUCAGCCGGAAGGAGAGCAAGGAAGCUCUCCCAUUGUGGCCAAAGAUGAUAGCCCUACAACAUUACAGAGCUACGAGCCUAACGCAUCACAACGACAACAUGGUGAUGACAAAUUCACAGUCAAAGAAUUCAUCUCCUCUGUUCCCGGACCCGCGCCAUUGCCUUUGCAUGUUGAACCAUCCCACCAAGUGAAUGCACACUCGGACAACAAAACAAGUGUAGUGUCUCAGAACUCAGCUCUUGAGAAGAACAACAAUCCUUCCCAUCUUCAUCCGGUGGUUGAUGAUGUCAUACAUGUUAUCCGCCACAGCAGUUUCCGAGUAGGGAGCGACCAGCCGGUCAUGGAAAGUGUUGAAGUCGGUGUCCAGAACGUCGACAUGGGGAAACUCAUAAACGUUGUGAGAGAUGAAAUGGAAGUGAGAAAAGUAGCCACUCCCUCCGAAUCACCCACCACGAGAUCGAUCAUCUCAGAGCCUGACUCAAGAACCGAGACCCGACCUGAAGAACAAGACCCCAUCACCAAUUACUCAGAAACAAAGAGCUUUAACUCCUGCUGUGAUUCUUCACCAGCUGAGACAAGAUCUAACUCAUUCGUGCCUGAAGAGGAAACAACUCCGACUCCACCUGUGAAAGAGACGUUGGACAUCAAGUCGUUCAGACAGAGAGCAGAGGCGCUUGAAGGUCUACUGGAACUAUCUGCGGAUUUGCUGGAACAGAGCAGGCUCGAAGAGCUAGCCAUCGUGUUGCAGCCGUUUGGAAAGAACAAAGUUUCGCCUAGAGAAACCGCCAUUUGGUUGGCCAAGAGUUUGAAAGGAAUGAUGAUCGAAGACAUCAAUAAUAAUAAUAGCAGUGGCAGCUCCAGGAACUGUUCAUGAAGUUUUUUUGUCAACUUUAGUAGUUUAGAUUUAUUAAUGGAGAUGUCGCAUUUUGUACGAUAUUAGAAUUUUCAUUUUAAUGUGUUUUGGUGUUAUCGACGAGUUUUUACUGUAAGAAAAAAUUGAAUUUAAA